CCGAGCGAACCCCGCCUCCUUUCUCCGUCUGCGCCUGCGCAGCUAGGGUCCUGGGGGGUAGACGGGGACCGGGCUGCCCCUCCCCAAAUCCGGAGGAACCGGUGUCUCCACCAUGCAAGAAGAGGAUGAGUCCGAAGCAACCUCUGUAUCGUCUGGAGACAGCGGCCCCCCAACUCCGUCUGCGAAUGGCUAUCCAGGCCCUCAAAGCAAGGAAUUGCAAGGAGCCAUAGGGGAGCCGGUGGACGAAGUUGGUGAGAUCGGGCAAGACCGGCUGAGCUCUUCGCAGGCGCCCAGCCCCGAGUGGCACGAAUGCCCCGAGUGCGGGCGCGGCUUCGGCACCUCCCGAGCCCUGAAGGUGCACCGCAGCUACCACGUGGGUCGAAAGCGGCCGCACAGCGGCUCCUCCUCUUCCUCUUCCUCCAAGCCGCCCCUGGCCCUUUCCGGCAACCCCGAGAGCCGGGAAGGGCGAACGGCUCUGCCUCCCGGGCGAGGCGGAGCUUUCCACUACAUCUGCGCCGAGUGUGGCCUGGGCUUCGCCUCUCCCGCCUCGCUGGAGGCCCACCACUGCGAACACGGCUGGCGCCGCAGCCCCCCGGCCCCACCCCGCCACAAGCGCCCUCCCUCCCCCGCCCCGAGGGAGGCCAACGGCCAGCAUGACAACGACGCGGAGGGGGCCGACGGACCGUACCACUGCACCGAGUGCCCGGGGGAGUUUGGGCUGGUGUCGGAACUACACGAGCACUACAUGCGCCACGCGCGGGGAGAGCUGUAGAUCGCCCACCCUUCUUCCCACCCCCCCGCCCUGUUGUCUAAUGCGUGGCACCCGCCGAAGGGAUUGCUCUGGCUAGGACUCUUUAAGAAGUGAAUCAGAAACCCUGACCCUCCCUCCCUUUUUAAUCUUUAGUUCCUUUUUUAAGGUUUUCUUCUCUGUAUUUUAAAACAAAUAAGUUUUUUUGCCAGCAGGGAGGGGAACGGAGCACGUCUCACUGCUCGGAACAAUCCCUUCUGUGUGCGCCCCCCCCUCUGCCGGAUGGGGGCAGCAGCCAUGGAAGCCAUUUGCCUCACCCAUAGGGAAGAGGGGUGCUGCCUCUCCCCUCCACACAUGGAGGGGGGAACCCUCCAAAUCUAGCGCCUUUGGGGCCUUGGUAUUAUUACCAAGGGGGAACCCUCACGCUGGGUCUCUUGUGUUGGGAGUACGAGCCCCACUGGCCUUUUAGCUUCCGUUCUCACUACUGGAACUGGGCAAGACUUAAAUACAGGUCUGUUCCAAGGGAGGGGGGAAGGGGAUGGAUCGGGAGCUCUCGUCCUGAGCACAAAGCCCGGUUCUCCCCCCACUCCUCACGCCCGUUGCCCUUUUACUCUUAGAUCGCUCCUUCCCUACUUGGGUGCCCAGCCUGACCGUCAUCCCGCUUGGUACCCGGGCCGGGGCGCCCGCCCCCCCCCCGUGCAGAAUCGGAGCUAUGUUCUGUUUGUCUGUGUGCGUGCGUGUGUGUGUGUUGGCCCUUUCUAGGGAGCAGCUUUUAGAGACGGCAUCCAAUCAGUAUCAAUCAUGACUAUUAACGGUCUCCAUGGUAGCCAGGAGAUUUGUCUUAAUAAAAGCGAUUCUGUACGUGCGA